CAACCGUCCGAUUGGAAGCUUGCGGCCGGAUGCACCGUGACCUCCUUUAUAUGCGCUUCUAGACGCGAGUCGAAGCAUCCAAUCCAACCAAAUCCUGCGUGUCCGUACUCUGCUUCCCCUCCGGCCACGGCGGCGCUGCUCUCCGAAAUCUCUAGGCGACGAAUCGAAUCGAGCAGGUAGAGGAGGAACCAGGCGGCCAUGGCUGAGCACCUGGCGUCCAUCUUUGGCACGGAGAAGGACCGCGUGAACUGCCCCUUCUACUUCAAGAUCGGCGCGUGCCGGCACGGCGACCGGUGCUCCCGCCUGCACAACAAGCCGUCCAUCUCGCCGACGCUGCUGCUCUGCAACAUGUACCAGCGCCCGGACAUGAUCACCCCGGGCGUGGACGCGCAGGGCAACCCCAUCGACCCGGAGCGGAUCCAGGAGGACUUCGAGGACUUCUACGAGGACAUCUUCGAGGAGCUGAGCAAGCACGGCGAGAUCGAGAGCCUCCACGUCUGCGACAACCUCGCCGACCACAUGAUCGGGAACGUGUACGUGCAGUUCCGGGAGGAGGAGCAGGCCGCCAGCGCGUUGCAGGCGCUGCAGGGCCGCUACUACUCGGGCCGCCCCAUCAUCGCCGAGUUCUCGCCGGUGACGGACUUCCGGGAGGCCACCUGCCGCCAGUUCGAGGAGCACAGCUGCAACCGCGGCGGGUACUGCAACUUCAUGCACGUGAAGCAGAUCGGCCGGGACCUGCGGCGGAAGCUGUUCGGCCACCUGCACCGGUUCCGCCGGAGCCACAGCCGGAGCAGCCGCAGCCCGAGCCCGUACCGCCACCGCCGGAGCUCGUCGCGGUCGAGGGACCGCGACGACGACUAUGACUACUACUACCACUACCGUAGUGGCAGUGGCAGCCGGAGGAGCAGCGAGAGGCACCGCAGCCACGACAGCGACGGGAGCCGCCGCCGGCGCGGGCGGUCGAGGAGCCGGAGCCGGAGCCCGGUGAGGGAAGGCAGCGAGGAGCGGAGGGCGCGGAUCGAGCAGUGGAACCGCGAGAGGGAGGCCGCGCAUGUGUGAGCAGAGCAGGUCCUGUGGGCUGUGGCUUGCCGGCUGCAGUUUGCCGCUGUGAUGGUGUUGGCUUGGUUAGUUUGCCAGGUCGCUGAUCUUGUGAACUAGUAAUUAGUCAGUAUCAGGUCGUAAAUUGAACUCAAAAUUUGGGGUUUUUAAUUGUGACCAAAUUGAACUUGUGGUUGUCGGUGAACUCGCUCUGGAUGUAUUGUUGGAACCUAAUUGCCUGUUCUGUUUCAGGAUGAGCUUGUGCUAA